AUAGGCCUUGAAAUACUGUACCUUCUCUUAAGUCUGCUUGGGAUUUAAAAUUUUAAUUAGUAAAUUUAACUAAUUUAAAAGUAAUGUUAGUGUCAGUCUGCCUGUUGCAUACUUUAUUAAAGAAACAGGUGUGAUUAUCCAUUGGAAGAGAUCCUAGGGCUUCCUGAUGCAAACACACCCACAGACUCCAGCCACUCUGUAAAUUUCUGAUUUUCAUCCUAGGUCUAUUAUGUAUACCCUGACUACUAGUAACCAGUAAGCCACUCUCCCCCAUCUGUAGGUUUAGUACUAACUUACAAAAAGAAUACAAAGAAUUUGAAUUUAACAGCUCAGGAUUACCUUUUUAGGUGGAAGAAAUCGGCUCUGGAGUUGGAUCUGCUUCCAUUCAAAUCCCAUAAUGUCAUUGCCUAGCUGUGAGACUGUGAGCAAAUUAUUUAAUUCUCUGGGCCUAAAGCAUUUGUGAAGAUUAAAUGAGAAAGGCGAAGUGCCUGGCAUACAGUUAUUAAUCAGUACUUAAUAGUUAUCCCCAUUAUCAUCAACAUCAUUAUUAUUAAUACAUAUUUAGUAGUAAAAUAAAUUAUCCCUUUUUCCAUGUAUUUUAACCAGUGACAUUCAGCAAAUUGCAUUAAUUUAAAUGUGUUUCAUAAGUGUAACAUAAAAUCAAGCUUUAAAUGGGAAAAUGAGCUAAUAUUUAUUUGUAAUCUGUCGAUCGCCUUGCAAGGUACUUUACAUAUACUAUUGUAAUUUUUUAUGUCAUGAUAAAUAGAGUCUUCGUUUCACAGGUAAGAAAAUAGACUUAGAGGUUAAGCAUUUUGCCCAAGGACAUGCAGGAGAAAUAAUAGUAGUCAGAAAUCAAGGUUCUCUUAACAUGACACUAAUACAAACUGUAACAUUAUUUCCUUUACCUCUUUUUUUUGUUUUGUUUUUAACCUGUUUUCUAGACUGCAAGGAAAACUGAGGGUAAAAAGUUUAGGAGAUGUGAGUAGCAUAAGUCUGGUACUGCAGUUUUGAGCUCUGAGUGAGUAAAGGUUAAUUCCCCCUAUUUAACAGAGAAAAACUUCUUAAUUGUAUGCUAUACCUGUAAUAUUGGCCCAGUUAUCAUGAAAGUCUAUGCCACUGGUAAUGAGAAGAUCCAAGUAAAAAUAGUAAUAUAUUUAGCAGAACUUUAGUCUGCUUUUAAAAUAAAAACUGCAGCAAGCAGUGUCAUCAACUUUUUUAUUAAGGAUAGUGCAUUUGAGGUUGGAGCAGUUACACAAGCUUUCAUGUAUUCAGAGAAUAACGUGCCUUGGGGAAUCAUGAGUAAGUUAAUUUCCUUUGUUAGAGCUAGCUUGAUUUGGUAGGGAGUUUGAAAAGGCUUGUUUUCCAAUGGGAUCAUAAGGUAUGUUCAAAUUCCUGUAAAGUAAUGGCUCAUACUGGUAAGAAUCUGGCUGGAUCCAGCCCUGUAACAACCAACUUAGAAAUAAUGGGGAUUUUUAAUUACUUUGUUUGUGUAAUUUGACUUUGUCACCAAUUCCAUUAGCUUUUGGAUUGCAAGGUUUGAACAUUCUGCCUGGGAAAAACAGAAUUAAAGCCAUUAGGGUAAAAUUCCUUUUAGUUUUUAUAUAACAGAUUGCAAUUCACCCUACUUUUUUACUGAAACAAGUGAAGCUGAUUCCUGAUUAGAUGUUGUUUGAAAAGUUGAAGGAAACUUUGUAUUUAUUUCUUUAGCAGUAGAAUUUGUUGUGCUAUCUCAGUGAAAAUCCAUUGGAAUUAGCUGAACUGGUUCCUUAAUAAAUUUUGUUUCUAUGUCCAUCCAGCAAAUUUAGAUUAUAAAAUGUAAAAGAAAAGUUCAAGUAUUGAGGAACAUGCAUUUCAAGUAUCUUAGGAACGUUUUGCAUGAUUUUCAGAAGCAUUUCAUAAUUCUGUGAUUUGAUUAAGAUUAAAGGUGAUAGCAUUCUCAGUGUUUUAGAUACUAAAGAAUAAUUAUGGAAUCCUUAUUUCAGAAUUCCUUGAAAAAGGUGAACUUACUUAUUUACCCUGAAUAUUAAUCUGUAAUUCACAAGGCAGUAGACUACAGAAUAAAAACUGAUAGGAUAGAGAAAGAUUGUUUUCCAUAUUUAAAUACAGCAGUACUGUUUUCUGGCAUAGUGUAAAUAACAGAUGCUGAAAGAUUCAUAUAGAUACUUUGUAAUUGCUGCUUUCUCUAAUGGAUUAUAGGUAUAUAUGAUUUGAGAUACACCUUGAAAGAAGCAUAAGACUAUGUUGACUGAAAAAAGGGGGCAGAAUAGGAAAAGUAUUCUUGUUGGUAGAAGUGUUCACUGAAGUAUUCAGUGAACAAGUAACCAGUUUGACUGAACUUACUUUGGGAGAUAUUGGAUAGAGAUGUAGGUGGAAGUUAGGUUACGAUUUUCAUACCACAAUUAAAAGCACAGUAACAUGGACUAGAAAUAACAUUAAACUAGACACUGGAAAAUCUGGAUUCUGGUUUUUGUUUUACCAUUUAUUAGGCCCGUGCUUAACUGGAAUAUAGAUUUGUAUUUGUCUUCUAGGUGCUGAAGGUGAUGCAGUGUAUCUAGCAGAUUGCUUAAUAGCUGUUAGACUGGAUGAGACAUUCUGUAGUCACCAGUUGAAUUAACGGAUCAAUUCUAACUUUGACAUAGCAUUAAUCUCUGGGCCAUAUUUCUGUUGUUUGAAGAAGGGAGGACUCUUAAUCUGGUUCAUUCUAGAUCUGUGAUCCUAUGAUCAUUUUGUAGCUGUGGAGAACUAUUAACCAUUUUUGAGCAGUGUGAUUAUGAGUUAGAUGACACCAGAUGAUUGGAAAUUUCAGAUGCUUAAAUGGAGUCAGAUGGCUGGAGCUAGACACAAUGUAAAACACAAGUUGGAGAUGAAGAGUAUGGAAACAUGAGGCCCAUCUUAAAUUGGUCUAAGCUUAAAGAGAUGAGGUAUUAGAACUCAGGACUUUGAUGGUCGCUUUUGUAAAACAAAAACAACGACUUGAGAGGUAGCAAAGAAGCCAGCAAAAAUUUUUUUUUGUUGGAGGGCAGGGGGAGCUGGUCAGAGAUCUUUGGCUGUUGGAGAAGAGUAAGAGUACUAGUCACAAAAUCAUAUCCUAGUUGUUUUAACUUUAUCUUUGUUUCAAGAGCCCAUAGACAAUAAUAGUACUUAAAUAUUGUGGGAGAAGAAGCAUCCAACAAUGACUUAAGCUUCUUUUCUGGGCUAUGGAAAUAAUGACAGGAUUGAAAGAAAUGAGGGAAAUCCAGAGAAAGGCACUGACUUUGAGAGAAAGAGGAAUUAGUUUAGAUAUGUAAACUGUUUUCUAUUUGUGAAUGGUAUUUUUGUUUUAUUUAUUCAAAACUCUUAUUUGGAUUUAUAGAAAAUGUUGUUCUUUAUAGAAUCUAGAUAUUUGUGCCUACAUCAUGCCUUUGUCUCCUCAACCCCCUAAAAGGCCCCUCAGCUUGGUUUAUUUGUUGCCUGUUAAGAGCUUUAAAACUACCCACAUCUUUAUAUCUGAUAGACCUUUGAAGCAGGACACAUGUACUUGUUUUCUAGCUUUUUCAUUUAGCCAAGGAUAGUCCUGCACAGGCUUGCUUAUAUACUUAAGUUAGAGGUAGGCUGCACUUUUGCGGCAUAUGUUGCUGCAUUUCUCUGCAAUACCAGGCAUCCUAGACUUAGUAGUAACAAAUUGUGUUGAGCCAGAGAUAGUGGUAGUUGUUUUGAGAUAGUCUGUUAGAACUAGUAGCAUUUCUAACUUUUAGAUAUAUUCCUUCCAAACAGCUUCCAAACCAUUAUCUUUGCUACUCUUGGUAUUUGAAGCCUUAGCAUCCACUGUCUUGAACAGGAUUCAAGCUUACAAAAUUAUAAGGGAGAGAAGACUUUAGUCUGUUACCCAUUAUAACAAAGCAAUGAGCAAUGCUAUGUCUACAAUCCUUGUUAAUACUCCAAAGAAAAACUUUCCCUUAAUAACUAAAAUUAAAGUAAUUUUUAAUUGGGUCUAUGAGAUCUUCCUAGCAAAUGGAAUGUCUUAAUGUAUAUUGAUACUGUUAUAGGAGGGAGAAGAAGAAGCAAAAAUUCAUACCACUUAUGUACAUAAAUACUGUUGAUUUUAAAAAAUGUACUGUGAAAGAGUAGUAAAGCGAUCUACCUUAAUAUAGCUGCUUUCUAAAUUGGGGUGAACAGAGGAACUAUUAUCUCCACUUUAAAAGUGAGUUUAAGGUAUAUGGUCCAGGUCGUACAAACAUAGUAUAUGAUGGAUUGAACUGAGAACCCAGCCCAGUAUUGUGAUUCCCUGUCCGGUGUUCGUUUUGGCUACAUAUUUGGUGUUUACACCUUGUUCAUUGAACUCAAUCCCCUUUUUCUUUUAAAGUACACUUUCAAAAUGAUUGGAGGAAGGGAGUUUUGGUAAAUGGAAACAGGCAUCCAAGAAAGGUUUUGAUAGGUCAAGGAGACAGAACCUGUGGACAAAGUAGGUGGAGCAUUGAGCAAGUAAAAAUCUCAUUUUGCUUGUCCAGGGAUCUGUUACUGUUGGUGGAGAAGCAGAAGGAAUAUUAACAGAAUAGUUUUCCUGCUGUUGGGCAUGCAGUUUUGUCAAUCUAGAAUAAAUCUAUUGUUGGCUGAGUAGAGUAAAUUCAUGUCUGAGAGUUGGGGAAGCAUGGCUAGUGUUAAACAGGAAACUGUGCUUCAGUCUGACUUUGAUAUCUGCCUUCCUUAUGCUGUGGGCUAAUGUACAUCGUACCCAUUUUUCCCCUCAUUUUCCUCCAAUAAGAAAUCUGUUUUGCCUUUUCUGAUGGAUAUUACAAAGAAAGAUUUUUGCUCAGUAUUUGUCAUUAUAAAUUCUCAUUGCUGCUGCUGCCCUCAAAAGGAUUGUGUAAAUGAGGGGGUGAAGCCAGCCAGUUUUGACAAAGUAGCAAUUCCCGAAGUGAAGGAAAUUAUUGAAGGAUGCAUACGACAAAACAAAGAUGAAAGAUAUUCCAUCAAAGACCUUUUGAACCAUGCCUUCUUCCAGGAGGAAACAGGAGUACGGGUAGAGUUAGCAGAAGAAGAUGAUGGAGAAAAAAUAGCCAUAAAAUUAUGGCUACGUAUUGAAGAUAUUAAGAAAUUAAAGGGAAAAUACAAAGACAAUGAAGCUAUUGAGUUUUCUUUUGACUUAGAGAGAGAUGUCCCAGAAGAUGUUGCCCAAGAAAUGGUAGAGUCUGGGUAUGUCUGUGAAGGUGAUCACAAGACCAUGGCUAAAGCUAUCAAAGACAGAGUAUCAUUAAUUAAGAGAAAACGAGAACAGCGGCAGUUGGUACGGGAGGAGCAAGAAAAAAAGAAGCAGGAAGAGAGCAGUCUCAAACAACAGGUAGAACAAUCAAAUGCUUCCCAGACAGGAAUCAAGCAGCUCCCUUCUGCUAGCACCGGCAUACCUACUGCUUCUACCACUUCAGCUUCAGUUUCCACACAAGUAGAACCUGAAGAACCCGAGGCAGAUCAACAUCAACAACUACAGUACCAGCAACCCAGUAUAUCUGUGUUAUCUGAUGGGACGGUUGACAGUGGUCAAGGAUCCUCUGUCUUCACAGAAUCUCGAGUGAGCAGCCAACAGACAGUUUCAUAUGGUUCCCAACAUGAACAGGCACAUUCUACAGGCACAGUCCCAGGGCAUAUACCUUCUACUGUCCAAGCACAAUCUCAGCCCCAUGGGGUUUAUCCACCCUCAAGUGUGCCUCAGUCCAUGGCGCAUCCGUAUGGGGGGACCCCAACAUACCCAGAAUCACAGAUAUUUUUCCCAACUAUUCAUGAACGUCCAGUUUCUUUUUCACCACCUCCCACCUGCCCACCGAAAGUAGCCAUUUCCCAGCGGCGUAAGAGCACCUCCUUCCUGGAAGCCCAAACUCACCACUUCCAACCCCUGCUGAGGACUGUUGGUCAAAGUCUUCUUCCACCUGGUGGCAGCCCAACUAACUGGACACCAGAGGCCGUAGUUAUGAUGGGUACUACAGCUGGUAGAGUAACUGGAGAGUCAUGUGAGAUACAGGUCCAGCCUAUGUUUGAACCAUCUCAAGUUUACGGUGACUAUAGACCUGGACUAGUACUUCCAGAAGAAGCUCACUAUUUUAUUCCUCAGGAAGCAGUGUAUCUAGCUGGGGUACAUUACCAGGCCCGGGUGGCAGAACAGUAUGAGGGCAUUCCAUACAACUCACCAGUACUGUCAAGUCCUAUGAAACAGAUACCUGAACAGAAGCCAGUACAAGGGGGCCCUACUUCAAGUUCUGUCUUUGAAUUUCCAUCUGGACAGGCUUUCCUGGUAGGACACCUUCAGAAUCUAAGAUUAGAUUCUGGAUUGAGUCCAGGAUCUCCCCUCUCUAGUAUUUCUGCACCUAUCAGUACAGAUGCUACACGUUUGAAAUUUCACCCUGUCUUUGUUCCUCAUUCUGCACCCGCUGUGUUAACUCAUAACAAUGAGAGCAGAAGCAACUGUGUAUUUGAAUUUCAUGUUCACACACCAAGCUCCUCUUCAGGAGAAGGAGGUGGAAUUUUACCUCAGCGUGUUUACCGAAAUCGACAGGUUGCAGUGGACUUGAAUCAAGAAGAACUGCCUCCUCAAUCAGUUGGAUUACAUGGCUACCUGCAGCCUGUGUCUGAAGAAAAGCAUAAUUACCAUGCCCCAGAAUUGACCGUUUCUGUGGUAGAGCCUAUCGGACAGAACUGGCCAAUAGGAAGCCCAGAAUAUUCCAGUGAUUCCUCACAAAUCACUUCUUCAGACCCCAGUGAUUUUCAGUCACCUCCCCCUACAGGGGGAGCAGCUGCAUCUUUUGGCUCUGACGUCUCAUUACCCUUUAUCCGUCUGCCUCAGACAGUGUUACAGGAAUCCCCACUUUUCUUCUGUUUCCCCCAAGGAACUACAUCUCAGCAGGUCUUAACUGCCUCAUUUUCUUCAGGAGGAUCUGCACUUCAUCCACAGGCACAGGGGCAGAGCCAGGGUCAGCCAUCCUCAAGUAGCUUAACAGGGGUUUCAUCUUCCCAACCCAUACAACAUCCUCAGCAGCAGCAGGGAAUACAGCAGACAGCCGCUCCUCAACAGACAGUGCAGUAUUCACUUUCACAGACAUCAACCUCCAGUGAGGCCACGACUGCACAGCCAGUGAGUCAGCCUCAAGCUCCACAAGUCUUGCCUCAAGUAUCAGCUGGAAAACAGCUUCCAGUUUCCCAGCCAGUACCAACUAUCCAAGGCGAACCUCAGAUCCCAGUUGCGACACAACCCUCAGUUGUUCCAGUCCACUCUGGUGCUCAUUUCCUUCCAGUGGGACAGCCACUCCCUACUUCCUUACUCCCGCAGUACCCUGUCUCUCAAAUUUCCAUAUCAACUCCCCAUGUGUCUACAACUCAGACAGGUUUCUCACCCCUUCCCAUCACGAUGGCAGCUGGCAUUACUCAGCCUCUGCUCACGUUGGCUUCAUCUGCUACAACAGCUGCGAUCCCAGGGGUAUCAACUGUGGUUCCUAGUCAGCUUCCAACCCUUCUGCAGCCUGUGACUCAGCUGCCAAGUCAGGUUCACCCACAGCUCCUACAACCAGCAGUUCAGUCCAUGGGAAUACCAGCUAACCUUGGACAAGCUGCUGAGGUUCCACUUUCCUCUGGAGAUGUUCUGUACCAGGGCUUCCCACCUCGACUGCCACCACAAUACCCAGGAGAUUCAAAUAUUGCUCCCCCUUCCAACGUGGCUUCUGUUUGCAUCCAUUCUACAGUCCUGUCCCCUCCCAUGCCGACAGAAGUACUGGCUACACCUGGGUACUUUCCCACAGUUGUGCAGCCUUAUGUGGAAUCAAAUCUUUUAGUUCCUAUUGGUGGUGUAGGAGGACAGGUUCAAGUGUCCCAGCCAGGAGUGAGUUUAGCACAAGUGCCCACUACAUCCUCCCAGCAAGCAGUUUUGGAGAGUACUCAGGGAGUCUCUCAGGUUGUUCCUCCAGAGCCAGUUCCAGUAGCACAGCCACAAACUACCCAGCCUACCACUUUGGCUUCUUCUAUAGACAGCGCACAUUCAGAUGUUGCUUCAGGUAUGAGUGAUGGCAAUGAGAAUGUCCCAUCUUCCAGUGGAAGACAUGAAGGAAGAACUACAAAACGGCAUUACCGAAAAUCUGUGAGGAGUCGCUCUCGACAUGAAAAAACUUCACGCCCAAAAUUAAGAAUUUUGAAUGUUUCAAAUAAAGGAGAUCGAGUAGUAGAAUGUCAAUUAGAGACUCAUAAUCGGAAAAUGGUUACAUUCAAAUUUGACCUAGAUGGUGACAACCCCGAGGAGAUAGCAACAAUUAUGGUGAACAAUGACUUUAUUCUAGCAGUAGAGAGAGAGUCAUUUGUGGAUCAAGUGCGGGAAAUUAUUGAAAAAGCUGAUGAAAUGCUCAGUGAGGAUGUCAGCGUGGAACCAGAGGGUGACCAGGGAUUGGAGAAUCUACAGGGAAAGGAUGAUUAUGGUUUUUCAGGUUCUCAGAAAUUGGAAGGAGAGUUCAAACAACCAAUUCCUGCAUCUUCCAUGCCACAGCAGAUAGGCAUUCCUACCAGUUCUUUAACUCAAGUUGUUCAUUCUGCUGGAAGACGGUUUAUAGUUAGUCCUGUGCCAGAAAGUCGAUUACGAGAAUCAAAACUUUUCACCAGUGAAAUAUCAGAUACAGUUGCUGCCUCUACAUCUCAAAGCCCUGGAAUGAACUUGUCUCACUCUGCAUCAUCACUUAGUCUACAACAGGCCUUUUCUGAACUUAGACAUGCCCAAAUGACAGAAGGACCCAAUACAGCACCUCCAAACUUUAGUCAUACAGGACCAACAUUUCCAGUAGUACCUCCUUUCUUAAAUAGCAUUGCUGGAGUCCCAACCACUGCAGCACCCACAGUACCAGUCCCUGCAACAAGCAGCGCUCCUAAUGACAUUUCCACAUCAAUAAUUCAGUCUGAGGUUACAGUGCCCACUGAAGAGGGGAUUGCUGGAGUUGCCACCUGCACAGGUGUGGUAACUUCAGGUGGUCUCCCUAUACCACCUGUGUCUGAAUCACCAGUACUUUCCAGUGUAGUUUCGAGUAUCACAAUACCUGCAGUAGUCUCAAUAUCUACUACAUCCCCAUCACUUCAAGUUGCCACAUCCACAUCUGAGAGCAUUGUUUCUAGUACAGCACUGCAUCCUUCUAUAACAGCUUCAGCAACUUCAGCCUCUGCAGGGAGCAGCACUGCUAUCCCAGGUGCUAAGCCUCCAGCUGUAGUCUCUCAGCAGGCAGCAGGCAGUACUACUGUGGGAGCCACAUUAACAUCAGUUUCUACCACCACUUCAUUCCCAAGCACAGCUUCACAGCCAUCCAUUCAGCUUAGCAGUAGUACUUCUACUCCUACUUUAGCUGAAACUGUGGUAGUUAGUGCACAUUCACUAGAUAAGACAUCUCAUAACAGUACAACUGGAUUGGCUUUGUCCCUUUCUGCACCAUCUUCCUCUUCCUCUCCUGGAACAGGAAUGUCUAGUUCUGUUUAUCAGCCUGGUGGGGUGCAUCCUUUGGUCAUUCCAUCAGCGAUGGCUUCUACUCCUAUUCUUCCCCAAGUAACAGGACCUACUUCUACACCUUUAUUACCCCAGGUACCUAGUAUCCCACCCUUGGUACAGCCUGUUGCCAAUGUGCCUGCUGUACAGCAGACACUAAUUCAUAGUCAGCCUCAACCAGCUUUGCUUCCCAACCAGCCCCAUACUCAUUGUCCUGAAAUAGAUUCUGAUACACAACCCAAAGCUCCUGGGAUUGAUGACAUAAAGACUCUGGAAGAAAAGCUGCGGUCUCUCUUCAGUGAACACAGCUCAUCUGGAGCUCAGCAUGCCUCUGUCUCACUAGAGACAUCACUAGUCAUAGAGAGUACUGUCACACCAGGCAUCCCAACUACUGCUGUUGCACCAAGCAAACUCCUGACUUCUACCACAAGUACUUGCUUACCACCAACUAAUUUACCACUAGGAACAGUUGCUUUGCCAGUUACACCAGUGGCCACACCUGGGCAAGUUUCUACCCCAGUCAGUACUGCUACGUCAGGAGUGAAACCUGGAACUGCUCCCACAAAGCCACCUUUAACUAAGGCUCCGGUGCUGCCAGUGGGUAAUGAAAUUCCCACAGGUACUCUGCCCAGCGAGCAGCUGCCACCUUUUCCAGGACCUCUAACCCAGUCCCAGCAACCUCUAGAGGAUCUUGAUGCUCAACUGAGAAGAACACUUAGUCCAGAGAUUAUCACAGUGGCUUCUGCAGUUGGUCCUGUGUCCGUGGUGGCUCCAACAGCAGUUACAGAAGCAGGAGCACAGCCUCAGAAGGAUGUUUCUCAAGUCACAGAAGGCCCUAUCCUAACAACUAGUUCAGGAGCUGGUGUUUUUAAGAUGGGACGAUUUCAGGUUUCAGUUGCAGCAGAUGAUGCCCAGAAAGAGAGUAAAAAUAAGUCAGAAGAUGCAAAGUCUGUUCAUUUUGAAUCCAGCACUUCAGAGUCCUCGGUGAUGUCAAGUAGUAGUCCAGAGAGUACCUUGGUGAAGCCAGAGCCAAAUGGGAUAACCAUCCCUGGUAUCUCUUCAGAUGUGCCAGAUAGUACCCACAAAAGUCCUGCCUCAGAGGCAAAGUCAGACACUGGGCAGCUUACCAAGGUUGGACGUUUUCAGGUGACAACGACAGCAAACAAAGUGGGUCGUUUCUCUGUAUCAAAAACUGAGGACAAGAUCGCUGAUGCAAAGAAAGAAGGACCAGUGGCAUCUCUUCCUUUUAUGGAUUUGGAACAAGCUGUUCUUCCUGCUGUGAUACCAAAGAAAGAAAAGCCUGAACUAUCAGAGCCUUCACAUCUAAAUGGGCCAUAUUCUGACCUGGAGGCUGCCUUUUUAAGUAGGGAUGUGGAUGAUGGUUCUGGUAGUCCACACUCCCCUCAUCAACUGAGCUCAAAGAGCCUUCCUAUCCAGAAUCUAAGUCAAAGCCUUAGUAAUUCGUUUAACUCUUCUUACAUGAGUAGUGACAAUGAGUCAGAUAUCGAAGAUGAAGACUUAAAGUUAGAGCUGCGACGACUACGGGAAAAACAUCUUAAAGAGAUUCAGGACCUGCAGAGUCGCCAGAAGCAUGAAAUUGAAUCUUUGUAUACCAAACUGGGCAAGGUGCCCCCUGCUGUUAUUAUUCCCCCAGCGGCUCCCCUUUCAGGGAGAAGACGACGACCCACUAAAAGCAAAGGCAGCAAGUCUAGUCGAAGCAGUUCCUUGGGGAAUAAAAGCCCCCAGCUUUCAGGUAACCUGUCUGGCCAGAGUGCAGCUUCAGUCUUGCACCCCCAGCAGACCCUCCACCCUCCUGGCAAUAUCUCAGACUCCGGGCAGAAUCAGCUGUUACAGCCCCUUAAGCCAUCUCCCUCCAGUGACAACCUCUAUUCAGCCUUCACCAGUGAUGGUGCCAUUUCAGUACCAAGCCUUUCUGCUCCAGGUCAAGGCUGUGCGAAGUUUAACUGUGCAUCUGAACAGGUGACAUUCAAACCUGGUGGCAGGAGGACCCGAUUUCUGAGUACGCCCUGCUUGGCUCUUUGGAAGAUGGUGAAAAAAGUCUGUCCUUGCAACCAGCUCUGUAUGUGCCCUCCAGCAGAGCCGAAAUCAGGGACUAGCAGCACAAACACUGUUGGGGGAACAGUGAACAGCCAAGCCGCCCAAGCUCAGCCUCCAGCCAUGACGUCCAGCAGGAAGGGCACGUUCACAGAUGACCUGCACAAGUUGGUAGACAAUUGGGCCCGAGAUGCCAUGAAUCUCUCAGGCAGGAGAGGAAGCAAAGGGCACAUGAAUUAUGAGGGCCCUGGAAUGGCAAGGAAGUUCUCUGCACCUGGGCAACUGUGCAUCUCCAUGACCUCGAACCUGGGUGGCUCUGCCCCCAUCUCUGCAGCAUCAGCUACCUCUCUAGGUCACUUCACCAAAUCUAUGUGCCCCCCACAGCAGUAUGGCUUUCCAGCUACCCCAUUUGGCGCUCAGUGGAGUGGGACAGGUGGCCCAGCACCACAGCCACUUGGCCAGUUCCAACCUGUGGGAACUGCCUCCUUGCAGAAUUUCAACAUCAGCAAUUUGCAGAAAUCCAUCAGCAACCCCCCAGGUUCCAACCUGCGGACCACUUAGACCUAGAGAUAUUAACUGAAUAGAUCUGGGGGCAGGAGAUGGAAUGCUGAGGCGGGGGGAGGGGGGUGGGAGUAGCCUAUAUACUAACUACUAGUGCUGCAUUUAACUGGUUAUUUCUUGCCAGAAGGGAAUGUUUUUAAUUCCACGUUGAGUCCUCAGAAUGGAGAGUCUCCCCUGCUCUACUAACUGGAGUAGGAGAGGAAGGAAAGAGCAGCUUUCUUGUAAAGGGGCAGCUUCAGACCAUGCUUUCCUGUUUAUCUGUACUCAGUAGUGAGGAUGAGGGCUAGGAAAGUCUUGUUCAUAAGGAAGCUAGAGAACUCAAUGUAAAAUCAAACCCCAUCUGUAAUUUUGAGUGGGUGGAGCUCUUGAUUUUGGUACAUGCCCCAAAUCCUUUACUCCCUCAAGAAUCUGAACCACAAGACAAAAACAACCUAUUGGGCUCUCUCCUACCCUGCCCUCCUUCCUUUUCCCCCCCUUCUCUUUUUGAUUUUGUUUUUCUUUGCUCUUUAGAACCCAGUGAAAAAUACCAGGGGACUGGGGUGCAACCCUUUCUUAUAAUAGGUCAUUAGUGCUUUAAGCAAAAGAUACUAGCAGCUUUGACUGCAGCAUUAGCAAUUAG